GAGUAGUUAUGAAUUUUUUUUAAAAAAUAAUUUUUGUAGAUCAUUUAGGUAAGGAAAAUCAAAUAGCGUGUCUCGGUGAUUGAGGAGCAUUUUUAAACAUUUGUUAUAUUUUAGGCUUCAUGCGUUACUGGAUUAAUAACUUAGUCACCUAUAAGUAACGUUGAACUUGGAACUUAUGUGAAUCAGUGCAAGUGCAACGUCAUGUCAGCACAGGAAGAUAAAAUUAUUAAAAUUAAUAUCUAAGUAGUAGAAAUAGUAGUAAGUUAGGGAUACAGAAUAUGAUUUGAGAAAAAUGAAUUUGUAUAAUAAAAGGCAAUAAAUAAUUUUGAGACUCUGGAUCUAUAAUGAGACAAAGAACGAGUAUAUCUACAUCACUGUGAUUUAUUCUGUGACGUAAUGCGAUGUCUCGAACCAAUUGGUAUGAUAAUCGUGAGGAUCCCAACCGGUUGGUCUAGAUCUACCAACAUGACUCAAACCAAGUGUCUGUAACUUCAUGAACUGAUGCUACGUUUUAUUUGACCGUUUCUAGCUCUCUUUCAACAUACCCCCAUGCGAUCCAUCAUCGUUCGGCACGCUAGAUAGUUGUUGGGCAUACUUAAGACAUGUCCUACCCCACUCAAUAGGCAGGGACUCACAAUCUUAUCAACCGAUAUAACUUUCCAUUGUGCCCUGGAUUUAAAUUCAACAUUUUUUACUCGUUGUGCUCUUUAUGCGCAGAGAUUAUGGUAAGAUGCAUACAGUCAAAUAAUAAUAACCUACACAUGUCUUCUGUUUUCGUAGACCACAUUCUACAUCCAAUUCAAUAAAACCAUCGGUUCAAAACUGCGUGACUAAUGGUUACAAUUCUGUCGAAAUCAUAUUUUAUUUUCAUAUUGAUCAUCGUAAUUUAUAUAAACGGAACUCAGUGUACCAAGAAAAUAAGUACUGUCAAACACAUCAUUAAACUUAUAUUUAACUAAAUGAAUCAUGAUGUAGAAUUACUUAGGACAUGGAUCAAAAGGAAGUUUGCUUAAAAGAAGUCAGUCAUCACUGAAGACUAUAUUCACUAGCCAACUAAUCAACCAGUGAUUAGCAUGAUUGUAUAAAACAAGAACCCAUGAUAAUUAAUCGUCAUAUAAGUUUGAAAGAAGAAGAAAAAGGCUUUGAGGCAGAGCAAAUGCGACUUCGUCAAAAAGAACGUGAGGAAAUGGAAAAACAUCAAGAACAGCUAAGAUUAGAACGUGAAGAGGUUAAAAAAGCCAGAGCGUCCAAAAGACAUUCAAAAGUUGCUGAAGAACAAGAGUCCAGUAAAAACAAUCAAGCAAGACGAAUGAAUUAUCAUAAACAAGGUCUUGGAGGUUUAAGUAAAGAGCGUAGAAAAAAAUUGAAGGAAAUGAUCUUGCAAAAAGCAAAAAAUGAACUUCUUGAAGAAAGAAGAAAAGAACUUCGUAACCGUGAAGAUCACAUCAAGAAACAAGCUCCUCCAUUCGACAUUGAUGGUUUAAAUCAGAUGCAACUUGAACAAAAGGUGAAGUCGUGGUACGAACACGUUAAACAAUUGGAAUCACAAAAAUACGAAUGGGAACAAAGAUUACGCAAACAGGAUGAAGAAAUUAACGAACUGACAGCUCAGUUAUGCUCAAUUAAAGGACACUUUCAAAAACCAAUUCUUCGUAAAGUUGCUAAACCAAUGUCAACGGAGAGAUUACGCGCGAUGAGUGCCGCACCAAAUUUCAUGCCCAAAACGGGGCAUAAAAAUCCCGUAGAAAUGAAGAGAAAACUGUCGGAUGAUAGUAAUCAGGGUGUAAAAUCAAAUUUGAAUGGGACCGGUGGUGUAUUCGCGAAAAGUUGA